AUGAAUCUGCCUACUUUGGAAAGAGCCACCUUUGCAAGCCACCCUGCGCGUAUUCACGCAGAGCAAGAAGAGGAUAGGGUUGACAUAAUAGCUGUACAUAGCCAAGAAAUAGCUGUUAAAACUGAAAACGCUUUGGUGAUGAGCAGGCGAUCUCAGAAACAGCCUUGGGUCAAAAAACAGAAAAGUUUAUCUUCCAUCAAAACCGGUAAAGCUUCUCUGCAACUUCUACCUCUAAUCAAUCAAGUUGACUUUUAUUUGGCUUAUACGAAGAUCAAAUUGAUUGCAAAAUCCAGAAGAUCUAUGUCCUCUAUAACUACUGACAAGAGAAGGAAUCUUGCAGCGCGUUAUGGCACGUGGGAACGAGUUUCAUGGGUAACCUUUGAUAACUUCCCUACACUUGGUAGAAGACCUUCACAGUUUGUGUCAGUGUUGCCAAAUGACUUGGUCAUUUGGCCUUUGAGGAACUCAUGCAACACUAUAUUCGCGAUGCCUCUCUUGGAUCUGAAUACCUUAUUAGAUGAAGUAAAGGACGUUCAUGCUCGUGGAAAUGCUGACGUGGUUGAGAAUUCCGUGCCAGGCUAA